AUGAUAAUACUCGAGGUGAUAUUGCUUGGUUUGCGGACUGCCUACAAGGAGGACAUACAAGCAUCACCAGCUGAGAUGGUAUAUGGAACAACUCUCUGUAUACCGUCCGAGUUUUUCACCGAAAAUUCAAAAAACAUUAAUGAAGCUGAGUUCGUCGUCAAUCUGCGAAAAGCCAUGCGCAAUCUGUGCCUAAAAGAAACUGCAUGGCACGGAAAUCGAAACGUCUUCGUUCAUCAGAACCUGCAAACAUGCAAAAGCGUUUUUGUGCGCAACGAUUCUGUGCGACCAUCGUUAUCACCUCCAUAUGAAGGACCAUUCGAGGUGGUAAACAGGAGCGGAAAGUUCUUCAAAGUAAACAUGAAGGGCCGGGCUGUGAACAUUUCGGUGGACCGACUCAAACCUGCCUACACACUGGAGGAGCAGGAAUCACCGAGUACUACAAACGCCGCAACUAUAACCGCCGCUACGAUUCCUCCGACUAGGGUCCCACGUUCUGUCCGACGAGUUGUAAUUCCACUCCGAUAUCGUUAG